GAGAUGUAAUGUUUGUCUCUGUUGUGUUGAAGACCAAUCAAGCAGGAGAGACCAGCCUCCCCUGUACCCAGCUGUGUGUCCAUGAAGAGUGACAAGUCUAUGAAUCAACCUAUACGGUUUAGAAAGGGAGACUUUUCUACUGAACAAAGAAACCAACAGGAGAGAUCAGAGUCAGAGAUUCUCAGUGGUCAGUCUUCCCAGAGUCAUCAAACAGACCUGGACUCCAUAUUCAGUUUGCUUGAAGAGAAAAUUAUGACAUUUGUGAAGAACGAGCUGAAGAUGUUCAAGAGGAUUCUUAGUCCAGAAUUCCCAGAAGGCUUUGAGAGUCAGAAGCAGGAUAAGGAAGUGGUGGAUGCUGAAGAUGAGAAGCAGGAGAGCAGUGCCAGAGAGGGGGCUCUGAAGAUCACACUGCACAUCCUGAGGAAAAUGAACCAGAAGGAGCUUGCUGACACACUGGAGAAAUAUGAGCUCGCUGUGAUUUGCCAACGUGAACUCAAAUCUAAUCUAAAGAAGAAGUUUCAAUGUGUAUUUGAGGGGAUCGCUAAACAAGGAAACCCAACACUUCUCAAUAAGAUCUACACAGAGCUCUACAUCACAGAGGGUGGAACAGGAGAGGUCAAUAAUGAACAUGAGCUGAGACAGAUUGAGACAACAACCAGGAAACAAGCAAGACCAGAGACUGCAAUCAAAUGUAAUGACAUCUUUAAACCCUUAACUGGACAAGACAAACCUAUCAGAACUGUGCUGACAAAGGGAGUCGCUGGCAUUGGAAAAACAGUCUCUGUGCAGAAGUUCAUUCUGGACUGGGCUGAAGGAAAAGCUAAUCAGGAUGUCCAAUUUGUAUUUUCAUUCCCUUUUCGGGAGCUGAAUUUGAUGAAAAGGGACAAACACACUUUGAUUGAACUUCUCAAUCACUUCUCAAAGGAAACCAAACAAUCAGGAAUCUCCAACUAUGACAAGUACAAAGUUCUGUUCAUCUUUGAUGGUCUGGAUGAGUGCCGACUGCCCCUAGACUUCCAGAAGAACAAGAUCUGUUGGGACGUCACAGAGUCAACCUCAGUGGAUGUUCUGCUGACAAAUCUCAUCAAGGGAAAUCUGCUUCCCUCUGCUCUCCUCUGGAUAACUACCCGACCUGCAGCAGCCAAUAAGAUCCCUUCAGGGUGUGUUGACCAGGUGACAGAGGUACGAGGGUUCAAUGACCCACAGAAGGAGGAGUACUUCAAGAAGAGAUUCAGUGAUGAGGACCUGGCCAGCAGAAUCAUCUCACACAUAAAGACAUCCAGGAGCCUCCACAUCAUGUGCCACAUUCCAGUCUUCUGUUGGAUUUCUGCAACAGUCCUUGAACACAUGCUGAAACAUAAGAGAGAAGAGAUGCCCAAGACUCUGACUGAGAUGUACACACACCUUGUGGUGUUUCAUACCAAACAGAAGAAUGAAAAGUAUUUUGAGAAAGAAGACACAGGUUCACACUGGAAUAAAGAGAGCAUUCUGUCACUGGGAAAACUGGCUUUUCAACAGCUUGUGAAUGGCAAUCUGAUUUUCUAUGAAGAAGACCUGAAAGAGGCUGGCAUUGAUGUCAAUGAAGCCUCAGUGUACUCAGGAUUGUGCACACAGCUCUUUAAAGAGGAACGUGGGCUGUACCAGGACAAGGUGUACUGCUUUGUUCAUCUGAGCAUUCAGGAGUUUCUGGCUGCUGUAUAUGUGUUCCUCUCUUUCAUCAACAACAAUGAGAAUCUAAUGGCCAAAACACAAACAAACGAUGAGUCCAGGAACUUUUUCUUGAGGAUCAAACAAAGGCGUAGAGUUACUGUCUACAAAUCUGAAGUUGCUUUCUACAAGAGUGCUGUGGAUAAAGCCUUACAAAGUGAGACGGGAAACCUGGACCUUUUCCUCCGCUUCCUUCUGGGCCUCUCACUGGAGUCCAAUCAGAAGCACUUACGAGGUCUACUGACAAAGACAAGAAGCAGCUCACAGAGCCAUGAAGAAACAGUCGAGUACAUCAAGGAGAAGAUCAGGGAGAAUCUCUCCCCAGAGAGGAGCAUCAAUCUGUUCCACUGUCUGAAUGAACUGAAUGACCAUUCUCUAGUGGAGGAGAUCCAAAGCUACCUGAGAUCAGGAAGUUUCUCAGAAGACAAACUGUCACCUGCACAGUGGUCAGCUCUGGUCUUUGUGUUGCUGACUUCAGAAAAGGAGCUGGAUGUGUUUGACCUGAAGAAAUACUCCAGCUCAGAGGAAGGUCUUCUGAGGCUGCUGCCAGUGGUCAAAGCCUCCAGAGCUGUUCUGCUGUCAGGCUGUGGAGUCACAGAGGAAGGCUGUGCUUCUCUGGUCUCAGUUCUCAGUUCAAACCCCUCACACCUGAGAGAGCUGGAUCUGAGUAACAAUGACCUGAAGGAUUCAGGAGUGAAGCUGCUCUCUGCUGGACUGGGGAAUCCCCACUGUAAACUGGAGACUCUGAGGCUGUCAGGCUGUCUAGUCACAGAGGAAGGCUGUGCUUCUCUGGUCUCAGCUCUGAGGUCAAACCCCUCACACCUGAGAGAGCUGGACCUGAGCUACAAUCACCCAGGAGACUCAGGAGUCAGACUGCUCUCUGCUGGACUGGAGGAUCCACACUGCAGACUGGAGAAACUCAAGCUGUCAGGCUGUGGAGUCACAGAGGAAGGCUGUGCUUCUCUGGUCUCAGCUCUGAGGUCAAACCCCUCACACCUGAGAGAGCUGGACCUGAGUAACAAUGACCUGAAGGAUUCAGGAGUGAAGCUGCUCUCUGCUGGACUGGGGAAUCCCCACUGUAAACUGGAGACUCUGAGGCUGUCAGGCUGUCUAGUCACAGAGGAAGGCUGUGCUUCUCUGGUCUCAGCUCUGAGGUCAAACCCCUCACACCUGAGAGAGCUGGACCUGAGCUACAAUCACCCAGGAGACUCAGGAGUCAGACUGCUCUCUGCUGGACUGGAGGAUCCACACUGCAGACUGGAGAAACUCAAUGUGGAACAUGGUGGAGAGAACAGAAUGAAACCUGGACUUAGAAAAUAUGUCUGUGAUCUCACACUGGACCUAAACACAGUAAACAGACACCUCUCUCUGUCUGAGGAGAACAGAAAGGUGACAUGUAGGACAGAGGAGCAGCCGUAUCCUGAUCACCCAGAGAGAUUUGAGGACUGUGGACAGGUGCUGUGUAGAGAGGGUCUGACUGGGCGCUGUUACUGGGAGGUAGAGUGGAGUGGGAGGGCUGGUAUUGGAGUGACAUAUAAAGGAAUCAACAGGAAAGGAAGGGUUGAUGACUGUUGGCUUGGAGCCAAUGACAAGUCCUGGAGUCUGUUCUGCUCUGUCAACAGUUACAUUGCCAGGCACAAUAAUAAUCCCACUACCAUAGACGUCCCCUCCUCCAGCUCCCACAGAGUAGGAGUGUAUCUGGACUGGCCAGCCGGCACUCUGUCCUUCUAUAGAGCCUCCUCUGACACACUGACCCACCUGAUCACAUUCACCUCCACAUUCACUGAGCCCCUCUAUCCAGGGUUUAGGGUUUAUUAUUUUGGCGACUCAGUGUCCCUGAAAUAAUAACCUGACACACACACACACACACAGGACACACACACACAGGACACACACACACAGGACACACACACACACUGGACACACACACACACUGGACACACACA